UGGCGUGAAAAGCCAUGCUUUAUCUUCUCUGUGAUCGAAGAUGGAGCAGAAGGAGACAGAGUUGAUCAAUGCGGCGUCGCGAGAAGUGUCUGGCGAGUUCAAAACACUAAUUAACGACAACGAUUUGGACUCCCUCAAGCAAUCGCAGAACCUCAUAUUGGGAAGAUUACAAGACAGUAAUGCUGUCCUAUCUCAUUUCAACGAGUAUUCAGAGCAUUGCUUUGCUGAGGUUUCUGGCGAUUUUUUAAGAAAUACGCGUAUAUUAAAGUCUAUGAAGUCAGACCUUGAUUAUAUUUUUCAGAAGCUAAGGAGCAUGAAGGCUAAAAUUCUGGCGACCUAUCCAGAUGCAUUGCCUGAUGAAUCAACAAUAGAAGUACUCGACGGAAGACCAGAUCUUGAAAUGCCUCAAUAGAAUUAUUACAACAUGUCAACAUGUUUUCAUGCUUAUAUCAUUCGGUGUUGUGGAAUACAAAUGCGUGAUAAACAUGUUGUGGAAUUGUUUUGCUUCUUUUUAUUGUUGAACAAUUUCUUACCGAUAUGGAAUGAGGUUUUUGUAGAUGUACUGUACAAAGCAUCUGCAUUUAACCUGAUUACAUC